AUGACAGGUUACAGUCCUGCCGCGCAGACUGCGCUCAUCAAAGCCAUCAAGCGAGUAUUUGAACCGAAACGAAUGGUAGAAUCUUACGAAGACCUCGUCGAUGGCGUCACGCUUGGUUUGAUUCUACAUCAGCUAGAUCCCAGUUUUGACACGUCCGCACUCGAAACAAAUUCCAACACCUCCCGAUAUCUUAUCAACAAGCGCAAUAUCCAGAGCAUCUACAAGGGCCUUUUUCGUUACAUUCGACGCUCUGUCCCUGAACUUGCUUGUCAGGCCAAGAAGUUCGACUACCAUGCCAUUGCUGAGAAUCCUGAUGCCCAAGGGAUCAGCCAGAUCCUGGCUGUUAUGCUGGGUGUGGUGAUUCUAGGCCCUCAACGCAAACACUACAUCCCCCGAAUAACUAAUCUCGACAAGCAAACGCAGGCGGAGAUCAUGCAAAUCAUCCAGACCAUACAGCAAGAUAUCCACGACUCACAAGGAGAUGACGAUGUUGAGGAAGCUAUCGACGCUGUCAUGGAGGCGCGAGACAUUGAUCUCCUCGUUGAGGAGCAGAAUGCAGCCCUGCGGUCACAACUCGAACUGACCAAGAGACAGCUCUCAGACUACUACACAAGACUUGACCAUCUUCAAACAAGUCAUGAAGAACUACGGUUUGAGAAGGAGAAGAACGACCGAGAGCUCGAGGUCCUGCGAAAGGCCACCGUAGAUGGUGCUAACAAUGCCGAGAUGAUCAAGAACUUGGAAAUUCAGGUACAUGAUCAAAUGGAGCUGAUUUCGAGACAUGAAGAAACGAUACGCAGAGAUGAACGUAUCAAAUCCCAGCUCGAGGCUGAAGUGAUGAAACUGACGGAAAAGUGCAAAGACGCUGAGGAGUUCCGCGACCAAGCAACCGAGUGGAAGCACAAAGCCGAGGACUUUGAGAAGAAGGCCAAUACUGCAGAGCGGUACAAGCAGAAGCUCGAGUCCCAGCAGCAUCUUGUCAAAGAAGUGCAAAACCUCCAAUACGAGAAGACUGAGUUACAAGAUCAGAUCAGAAUCCUGUUGGAUGAUCAAGAUAGGGGCGCUCGCACCCGGAAAGCAGAAGACGAGUUGACCAAAAUGAUUACUCAGUCUGAGCAACAUCUGUGGGACGAACGCAGCCAGAAGAACCAGCUCAUGAAAGACAUCGCGGCGCUCGAGGACGAGGUGAUUCGUCUGAGAGCAAGACAAGUCCAUGAUGAGAACUUCAUCAAGGAUCUCCAGGAGCAGCUUGAGAGCGGUGAAGGAACUCAAAAUGCAGUGCCUGGGGCUCUGGGCAUGGCAUCCAGUCUUGAAGAUGAGCUUAACGACGCAGCUAACGAGGAUACCCAGCCUGGCCAAGUUAACCUUCCCCUAGAAUUGUCUCGCCUCAAGGCUGAGAACGAUUUGUUGCGCAGCACAGUUGGUUCUGGAGAUACUGCUCCACUCCGUCGGGAGCUUGACGAAGAAAAGCGGCAGCGUGCUCAUAUUCAGAAGAACUAUAACGAUAUGUUCGAAAAGCAUGCUGUUCUUCACGAUCAAAUGGAAGCUCUGAUCAACAACAUGACCGGCGAAGGGACAAAAGCAUUUAUUAACAUCAAGCAAACACUCAUGCAGUGCGAGUUCGAGCUGGAACAGUCUAAGAAGCGGGAGAAGGAUCUCUCUGCUCAAGUUGCUGAUCAAGGCCGCGAACUUCUUGCUGUCAAAGCCCAGCUCUCUGCUCUCGACAAAGAAGGUGCCGAUGCUAUCAAGGAAAUCAAGAGCUCCGAUGUUGUUAUCAUCUCAUCUCUCAAGUCCGAGCUUGACCAUGCUCGAGAACAGCUCAGUUAUUGCACCGCAGAGCGAGAUGCCCAACAAACCCAACUUGUCGAAGCACUUCUUACCAAAGAUAAGCUGCGCAAGGAGGUCGAAGAGGGCAGGGAGCUGCAAGAUAUUACCGGCAGUGGUGAGGGCGAUACGCCCGACGGCAGUAAGAAGGGCGAGCUGAUUGAGAAACUACGGAACCGUCUCAGAGAAAUUCGCGAGCAACUGGAACGAUCGGAGACUGAAAGGAUCGACCUGCAACGUAAAUUGAAGGCCGCGCAUGACGGUGAGGCUGUGGCAGCACAAAAGGCCGCGAGUGAUGAAAUUAUCCGGAACCUCGAAAGAGAGAACUCUCUCAUUGCAUCAGCCUGGUAUGAUCUUACAAGUCGGCUUCAAAGUAACCAUGUCGUUUUGCAACGACGGCACGAAGCUCCUCGGAGUUGGCUUAACAAGCAGAGGCAGAUGGUCAAUGCGACCCCAAAGCGAUAG